AUGACUUCUACCGGCCGCGAGGCGGCUGCGGCCAAUGGUGAUAAUGAUUAUAUUCUGCGCCCCCGGCCACGAAAGCCGCAACACACACAGAUAUCAGAGCUGGUCAGGCAACAUAGCAGCAACGGCCUGCUCUCUGCGCCUGGAGAAGACCCAGCUUCGGAUCUGACUAGUGGUCGGUCAACGCCUGUCGCCGAAGACGCGCCUCACUCCACGAAAGCACUAUCGAGUGCGCGCAAGCAAGUACGUGCCGAACAGAGGCGGCGCAUUUUCCCCACGGUCGAGUUCGCCUCCCGGGUGUCGCAUUUCGAUCCUGCUUCGGAUUAUAGGGACUUUCAUGGCUUUUUCAAUCUCUUCUGGAUUGGUUUGGCCAUCAUGGCCAUUACAACGGGCUUGCGCAACAUUAAGGAUACUGGGCACCCGUUGAGAAUCCAGAUUUGGACCCUGUUUACUGUCAAGCUGUGGCACUUGGCUAUAGCCGACUUUUUAAUGGUCGCCACCACUGCUGCGAGCUUGCCGUUUCACAAAGUUUUCAGAAAUAGCAAGGCGGGUCUGACAUGGCGAAUGGGUGGCAUGGCGAUUCAGAGUAUAUACCAGGUUAUCUGGUUGGCAUUCUGGAUUGCCGUUCCAUUUGCGCUAGAGUGGACAUGGACAGCGCAGGUGUUCUUGGUGCUGCAUACUAUGGUACUCCUGAUGAAGAUGCACUCAUACGCUUUCUACAACGGACACUUGUCGGAAACCGAGAAACGCCUGCGUGCUCUGGACGACCCAUCUACUGCUUCCAAGGCCCCUGCGUACCAGUACCCGAGUGUGGAUAAUCCCAUGGGCACGUUGGCGCAUGACGGAAAGCCGCACGACAGCGAUUCCGAUGGCGAAGGUGUCGACCAGCUGCGCGAAGACCUCGCCCGUGAGCUUACCAGUCCCAUUGGCAAUAUCACAUACCCGCGGAAUCUCACCUGGGCCAAUUACCUAGACUACCUGCUGUGCCCGACCUUAUGUUACGAACUCGAAUAUCCACGAACGGCGGCCAUCAACUGGACAAAUUUGAUCGCCAAGAUCGUAGCGACGUUCGGCUGCAUCUUUCUCCUGACCAUCAUUUCCGAAGAGUACAUCUUGCCAGUUCUGCAAGAAGCUCAUAUUCGGCUGGACUCUGUUUCCUCUCUCACAGAGACAUUCCUUACUCUUGCCGAAACCAUCUCUUGGCUUCUCUUUCCGUUCAUGCUCACCUUCCUUCUUGUAUUCUUGGUCAUCUUCGAAUAUGUCCUUGGCGCAUUCGCGGAGAUCACGUAUUUCGCCGAUCGCCACUUCUAUGCCGACUGGUGGAAUAGUACCGACUGGAUGGAGUUCUCGCGAGAGUGGAACGUACCUGUCUAUUCUUUCCUUAGAAGACAUGUGUAUGCCACCUCGAAACCGAAAAUCGGUCGCGGUAUGGCUACAGUCAUCACUUUCUUGAUAAGCGCUAUCGGUCAUGAGAUUGUGAUGGCUUGUAUCACAAAGAAGCUGAGAGGAUAUGGCUUCGUGUGUCAGAUGUUGCAGUUGCCUCUCGUCGUGAUACAGAAGACACGGUUCGUGAGAAACAGGAAGACAGCAAACAAUGUGAUAUUCUGGUGCAGCAUGAUUAUGGGCUUGAGCUUGAUUUGCUCGCUCUAUGUCCUCAUCUAG